UUAACCACUUCCCAACCAGCCGUUGUAUAUAAACGGCCGGACGGUGGCAGUGCAGAGGUCGGGUGGCCAUUUAUAAACGGUCUCCCCGCACCCUGCUUGUGCGCGCUCCCUGGGAGCGCACAGCACCGCGAUCCGGUGCCCACUGUGUCCUCCGGACACAGUGGAACACCGAUCGUUGGACGGGACCUCUGUAUAAGGUCCCGAUCAUGUGAUCACUGAUUGGCCAAUCAGUGAUCACAUGCAGAGUAGUAAGCAAGAUGUCACUUCUGACAUCAUUGCUUACUACGUGUGAAAUCUGUGAAUGAUCACAGAGGUCACAUGGUACAGGGCUAUUCACAACAGCCUUGUACCAUGUGACAAGCUGUGACAAAUCACAGCUCACAGAGUA